CACUGGAAGAAAAGGGUGUCUGUGUUGGUCAGUGCUGGUUUAGUUGUCUGAUUUCCAAUAUAACAAAGGAAAAAUGGCAACUCUAGCCCAGGGACGGACUGACAACUCAUGGGGCCCUCAGGCAAUUGGGGAUCAUGGGGCCCCUGUGUCCUUGCCCACACUCAAAACACACCCAAAAAAGCCUAUAAAAGGUACCAGGGGCAUCUCAUGGGGCCCCCUACUGACCCCGGGCCCUCGGGCAGUGCCCGAGUUUCCAAAU